ACUUCCGCUGUUUACAAACCGCCGAUUUGGCAAGACAGAAUCUCCUACUAGACUGCAGCUCCCAGAGAGGCUAAGGCAACAACCACCUGGUAGUAUGACAACCACAGAGGAAAUGAAGAAAUUUAUUGCAGCCAGUGACACACGUUUACUUAACUAUCAGAACUGCCUGUUCAAGAUCAAAAUGACCUUUUGUCAGGACUUGGUCCAGUAUGAAAACUCCUUAUGUCUUCAUGCAGAAAUUGAAGAAGUGGUUCGUGCUGUGCUCAGUAUCAUACAGAAUAAAAGACAUCUUGUAACCAUAGAAACACAACAUUUUAUGGUGAACAUUUCACUAAUACCAUGGUAUGCACAGCAGAAACUCCAGUUCUACAAACAUGAAAAUGAAUGUCAAGUAUACAACCAUAUGAUUAAACUUCAGUUUGCUCUUCGGCCAUCAGUUUCUUUGCAGAAAUCAUCCCAGAAUUCUCAGCAGCAGAUAGGUUGUCAAAAGUCUAUUUCUUCUACUGCUACAAAAACUCCACAAAGGGAGCAGGUGACACAGAAGGAUGUUCUGUGUGAUGUCAGUGGUAGAAAGUCAUCAAAAGUUUUUGUGAAAAGCAAGAACUGUGAGGCCAGUCACAGAGUUACAGUUCGCGCAAAAGAAAAAUCAGUGUCAGAGGAUGCCCUGUUGACGUGUCUGACAAACAUCGAUCAAAUACUAGGCGCAAAAACAAGAUGCCAGCAAUAGGCAGGUGCCUAUUACAAGGGAGUUGCAACAGCGUGACUGACCACAGUGUAUCUUGUCAAGAAAAUGAUGCAGUUUCACACCUGUCCAAAACAGCUGCUUCUGGUAACAUGCGCAACUUACUUCAUCAGAGCUUGCUGACUGAUGGUUCUGUUACAAAUUUUAAUAAUUCCAGUGUAUACAGUCGCAAAAUACGCCAAAGCCAAAAAACUUCAUUUGUUACAAAUUUAUCUUCAGUUGAGAAAAAUGUGCCUUGUAAAACCAGUGUUGAGACAAAUUGUAGACAAUCAGUUCCAACAGAAGAAUGUUUGAAAACAGCCAAUCAGAAGAAGAAAGCAGAGCAACAAUUUUCACAGAGUCUCUUGUUAGGUGGAGGCACAGUGCAAGAUCAGAGCCAUCUCAGAGAUCGGCAUGUUGUAGAGUGUGGAGACCUACAGGAGGAGAACCAUCUACAGCAGCUAGCAGCUGCCUACACUGCCACCUCAGCACAGGACAGAAAACGCAACUCCUCCAUGCUGGACUGGUUUCUAACACCUUUCAAGCUUGCAUUAAAGAACAGGAAGCAGUGAACCAAACAUACCUGUUAUUUCCCAUCUUCAAUUGAGUAACACAAAGGUCGUGGCAAUGUGUUUUUGCUGUUGCCAUUUGUUUAUUGCUGUUAUUUAUACUGUUGCUUAUUGUAAUUAUAUUAUCUUAUGCUUUUUGAGUCAUUCAUAGAGAAAGUAAAGGACCUGUUCAAUGAAUAUGUGCAAGCACCAAUUUUGUACAAAUGUAGCCAUUAUGAUUACACAGUUGAUGGUUUAUGAAUCAUCCUUCAAAAUUUCUACCUGCAGGAAUAAGUAGAUAGGCAAGUGGUUAGAGCACAUCCUUUUCAAACCUGGUGGCAUGCUGGUUUGAUACCCACGUGUUGCAGUGAAGCAAUCCUCUAUUUUCAGGAAAUAGAUAGAUAAGUGAUUAGAGCAUUGGCUUCUGGGUGAAGGCAUUGUGGUUUGAUACCUGUGUGGUGCAGUUAAGUUUUCCCAGUUGAUCCAGCUUUCAGGAAUGAGUACCUGACUCCAUAGAGGGUUGGGGAAGGUGAGGCAGCAAGAGAGAGGGGUAACACGCUCAAAAAAAAAAAAAAAAAUGGCCUCAAGAAAAAUGUGGCCUUUAACUCCUCUUUCCCAAUUAACUGAAAAGUUAGGGUGAGUUUAUUUUCAAAAGUGUCUUAAGAGAUCUUUACCAUGCUCUGAAUAUCUAGAAAUUUACAAGAAAAGGAAAGGCAUCCUAUCAACAACAACAAAAAAAUUUUAAGUGAUAGGGUAGAUGGGUCAGUGUGUGAGUGACCAGCAUGAAGAACACACAUUGAUGCUUUCGUAUAGCCUUCUGUGGGUUAUUGCAAUUGCAUGCUUACCAUUGGCCUUACCAUAUUAUGCUAAUCAUUUUUUUAAAAAGUAAUAGAAUUAAUUAUAAUACCCAAAAACUAUUCUUUCAAAAAUCUGAAUAAAUAUCCACCCUUUUCUUUUAUUAAAUCCUAGCCAGUAUGCACACUUGUGCACAGAAAAAUUUGAGAUUGGUGAGAUGAUACUGGAAUUAAGAUACAACUGAUAGAUAUGUACUUCCAGAUUUCACAUUGGUUGUAGCUUUAGUAAUAUAAGAGUCCAACCUAACCCUCCAACAUGGUGUCACCUGUGUGUCUGUGAAUAUUGUAGCUGGAAAGCCUGUAUCUUGUCAGCAAAUAUUUGCUGGUUGUAGCAAUAGUAACAACUUUCUGGUGUCCUACUAAUGUUCCUAAAAAGUCGUUGGUUCUUUGUUCUCCAUAUAAAAUCUGAAGUGACCUUCUCAGACACAUGUUCUCGGAUGCCUGGAUUCUCCUUUCCAUUUUGGCGAGUAGCAUCCACGCCUCGCAUCCAUAGAGCAGGAUCAGUACUACAAGGGAUUUGUACAGAUCAUACUUUGUAGUUUACCAGAUGUUAUAGCUAUGCCAGAUCCUAUCCAGCUUGGCCAUCACCACUGUUGCUGCUCUGAUGCGGACAUCUAACAUGAAGCUGCUGUCCACCUAUUCUUGAGAGUGGCUUUCAAAUGCUUAAAGCUGCUUACCUCUUCCAAUAAUCCAAAUCUUCAUGGAUUAGGCAUCAGAAUGGUUACUGUGUUUAUUCUUUCUAUUUCUAUUUAAAUAUAAAAUUAAUUGAAAGACAUUUUCUUGUACCACUUCUGACCUGUAUAUUCUGUCAAAUAAUGUACAGUUGUCAAUAGUCA